GCCAUAUUCUGUAUUGGGUGGUGGAUUUCUUUAUGAUGUGUGUACAUAAAUUUUAUAUAUAAUUAUACAUACUGGUGUCUCGAAGUAAUAUUUGGACAUGUAUUAUGAUCUACUGGAAAAACCUUUAUAUUUUUAUUACAUUUCAUUUAGAAAGCCUGUAGAACUUAUCUUGGAAUGCUGGUAAACAUGAAGCAUGCACAUGAAGCCAGAUUUAAAAGCCCUGACGAUUAUCUGAGCAAUCUUCUAUUAUAACUCACUUUUGUCCUUUUAACUCUAAGCCAACAUUUUAUUAUGAAAUAUAUAUUUUAAGAAAGAUAAUUCUGUUGGUCAUGGUGACCCACAGAUGUUAUACCCACUGCUGGUCUUAGUGUGAUGCUAAUUGCAUUCUCGUUUUUAGGUGUUUUCUUACAAAAUAUUUUCAAGCUUAUAUAAAAGCAGAGAGAGUAGUAUGAUGAACUACCAUAUAGGUAGCCAUUGCUCAGAUUGUCAGAAAUUUUUCUACCUUUGCAUAAUCCGAAUACAUUUCUUCCUCUACAGUAGUGUUUUUAAAUCUAAUUCCAGACGGCAUGUUAUUUUGUCCCUACUACUUCAAUGUGUACCUCUAAAACUGUGGAUAUUUUCUUAUAGCAGCAAUGUCAUUAUCAUAUGUAGGAAAAUUAUAAACAAGCAUUUAUUUGUACCCUCUAAUACCUGUCCAUAAUCAGAUUUCCCUGAUUGUCUGAAAUGUGCCUUUUCCUUGUUAGCUGGUUCUAAUCAGAAUCCAAACAAGGUCCACACAUCACAUUUGAUUAUUGUGUCUUUUGCGAUCUAGUAGUCCCAUUUCCUUCCCUGUUUUCUUGUUUCUUUAUGCCAUUGACGUUUUACAAAAACUCGGCCACUUGUUCUGUAGAAUAUGUUCAAAUCUGAUUUUGUCUUUUUGUUUUCUUGUGUUAUUACCUUGUUCCUCUGUCCCCUGUAUUUUCUGAAAAUGAAAGUUAGCUUAGAAGUUUCAUUCCAUUCUGGUUCAAAAUGCUUAAGUGCUUUAUGUCAUGUCAUAUUAGGAAACACAGUAUCUAGUGGUCCCAAUUUUAGUGAUUCAAAAAUCAGUCUCUAGGUUCAGAGAUUAAUCAGUAGAGGCAGAGAUCUGUCCAUUGUAAAUUUCUUAAUUAACCUUUGAAUUGCUAAUGUUCUGUUCACUGAUCAUUGUGACCCAAAUUAUUUAUUUCACUAGGGAUUACGAACUGGUAAUUUUUCUGUUAUUCUUUUUGCAUUAGGUGGAAUUUUUCUGUGGAAAAGCUCAGUGUCCUAUUGAUAAUUCGUAAAUGUUUGAAAGCUUUCUUGUUUUCGGGCACAGCAGGAUAUUCCUUGCUCAUCUUAUAUUUCCUGCGCAGUACCUGAAAUUAGAUAUUCCUCCAAGGAUCCCUGGAUCCUUCCAGAUUAGGGUAUAGUUUCCUCAUUUUUUCAGCUGCACCUACCAUUGUGUAAUAUAUGAUUGAGGAGGGGAUAUAUAACCAGUUUUCUUUAGAUGUAUACUAGGGUUAUUUUUAACUAUUUUCUAUUUUACAUCAUUUUAUGUAUAUUAAGAUAUGUCUGUAAGAUAAAUUCCUGGAGGUUAGACUGAUGAGUUAAGGGCAAAUGUAUUAAUAUUUGUAAUUUGUAUCAUUAUUGCCAAUCUUACAUCAAUGAACGAGAGUACCAGUUUCCUUAUAUCUUUGCCACUAGAAUCAUCAAACUCUUAGAUUUUCGUCAAUCAGAUUUGCAAGAAAUAGUUUUCUUAUGUCCUCUUAAUUUGUAUUUGACUACCUUUUCACAAAUGUAAGGGCCACUUAUGUUUCUUUUUUAAUGAACUGUUAGUUUAUAUCUUUUGCCCUUUUAUUUCUAUUGGAUUUUUGGUCUUCUUAUUUACUGAGAAUGCUUUCUAAAUUAAGGAAGUUAGCUCUUCAUCUGUCAUGAGUUGCAGAUAUUUUACCUAGGUUGCUAUUUGUCUUUUGACGUUUGGUAUUGUGGAGGUUUUUUUUUUUUGCCAUGCAGAAGUCUGUUUGUAUGUUGGUGUAUGCACACAUACAUAUGUAUUGGUCAGUCACUUCUUUUAUGACUUUUAAUAUCUGAUAGGACUAGUCCUACUUUCUCUUUUCAGGGUUUUCCAGGCCAUUCUUAUGUAUAAGCUUUAGAAAUUCCUUGUUUAGUAGUGAGUGGGAGAGGACAGAUUGUUAUUUUUAUUGAGAUCCUAUUAGAUUUAUAAAUUAAGUUAGGACAAAUUGGCAUCUUUAAGGUGUUGUCUUUUCUUUCAAAGAAUAUACUAUGUCUUUCUAUUUGUUCAAGAUUACUUUCAUUUUCAAGAGUUCUUAAAGCUUUCUUCACAUAAAUUUUGCACAUUUCUUUUUUUUCUUUCUUUCUUUUCUUUUUUCUUUCUUUUUUUUGAGACAGAGUUUUGCUCUGGAGUACAAUGGAGUGAUCUCGGCUCACGGCAACCUCCGCCUCCCAGGUUCAAGCAACUGUGAUUACAGGCAUGCACCACCACACCCAGCUAAUUUUGUAUUUUUAGUAGAGAUGGGGUUUCACCAUGUUGGUCAGGCUGGUCUCGAAUUCCUGACCUCAGGUGAUCCACCCACCUCAGCCUCCCAGAGUGCUGGGAUUACAGGCGUGAGCUACUGCACCCAGGCCAUUUCUUGUUAUUCCAGGAUAUUUUCUCCUUUUUGUUGCUAUUAAAUGGGUUUAUAGAUACUAACUGGUUAUUGCUUAUAUAUAUUCAGGCUUUUGAUUUCUGUAUACUUUCUCUCUUUCUGUGUUAUUGAAUUCCAUUAUUGUUUGUGGUAUUUUUUCAGGUGAUUUUAUUGGGGCUUCUAGGUUAUAAUCAUCACCUGCAACUAGUGAUAAGUUUACCUCUUCCUUUGGAUUUUUAUACCUCUAAUUUUUUUAUCAGAUUAUAUAGACUAAUUGGGGUGGGAUUAAGUAGUAGUGAUUAAUGUGCGUCCUUUUUCUUUCUUGCUCUAGAAGCAUUAAGUAUUGUAUGUAUAUAUUGUCAUAUUAAGGAAUAUCUGUUUCUUAUUUUAUUAAGUACGUUUAUCAAGAGUAUAUGUUAAAUUUUGUCAGAUGCCUUUUCAGCAUCUAUGGAGCUGAUGAUGUGAUAUUUCUCUUAUUUUUAACAUUGAACUAAACAGCACUCCUAGAUUCUUUUAAUUGAUGCUAGAUUCUGUUUGCUAAUACUUUCCUUUUAUAAAUUAACAUGCAAAAGUCAGAUUAAUCUGCAGCCUUCCCUUUUUGUACAAUCUUUGUCAAGUUUUGGUAAAACUUCUAAAACAUUCAGAAGUUUUCCAUUUUCUAAAAUGUGUAACAGUUUUAAAAUAGUAUUGAUAUUAUCAGCUCUUUUAUGAUUUCGUAGAAUUCCCCUAUAAAACCUUGUGACCUGCUGUUUUUUAUUUGGUUUGGUUUGGUUUGCUAGGUAGCUGUUUUAAAACUCCCCUCAUUUAUUUUGUGAAAAUCAGUCUAAUAAUUUAUCAUACAUUUAAAAAUGACUAAAAAUAUAAUUGGAUUGUUGGUAACACAAAGAAAGGGUAAAUGCUUGAGGUAACGGAUACCCCAUUUACUCUGAUCUGAUUAUUAUGUAUUAUAUGCCUGUAUCAAAAGCUCGUGUAACCCAUAGAUAUAUACAUCUGCUAUGUACCCAUAAAAAUUUUUUUUAAUUAAAAAAAAAAAAAACAGUCUGUUCAGGCUGUUUAGGUUCACUUUUGGUAGCUCACAUUUGACUGGAAAAUUAUUGUAUUCAUAUGUAAUUUAAUUAUACAGAGUUUUACAAAGUAGUUUCUAUUGUUACUAUGAUUUUUUUUUUUUUGAGACAGGGUCUUGCUCUGUCACCCAGGCUGGAGUGCAGUAGUGUAAUCUUGGCUCACUGCAACCUCCGCCUCCCAGGGUCAAGCGAUCUUCCCACUACAGCCUCCUGAGCAGCUGGGACUACAGACACAUGUCACCACACCUGGCUAAUUUUUGUAUUUUUUGUAGAGACAAGAUUUCACCAUGUUGCCCAGGCUGGUCUCGAACUCCUGGGCUCAAGAGAUCUGCCUGCCUUGGCCUCCCAAAGUGCGGGGAUUACAGGCGUGUGCCACCGUGCCCGGCCAGUUUCUAUUAGUUUUUGAAAUUCUGUGUAUUUCUGUGGUUUUCUCAGUUUGUUAUUUUGCAUAUGUAUGCUUUGUUCUUUUUACUUUUUUUUCAGGUGGUGAAAUUGAGUGGUAUUUAUUUUUCUCCAUCUUUUUCAAGCUUUCAACAAUAAGCAUCUAUUACUUUUUAUCAAAAAACUAGAAAAAAGACGUUAUGGCAUCAUAAAUAUUUAUUUUAGAAAACAAAAUGUAUUUAUUGAGUGCUUUCUGAUUAAGAACAAAAUAUAGUUAAUGAAUGCUAUCUGAUUGUUUAAUUAAAUACUUUAAUCCUUAACCUUUUUUCCUAUGCCCUGACUUCUUUUUUGGUAACAUAUUCUUCCCAAUUAAUGAAUUACUGAAACCUAUAAUAAAGAAUCUUUUCUAUUAUUCUAUCUCAGGUGUAUAUUUAGUACUUCAGCUUAAAUACUUGAAUCAAUGAAAUAAAAUCUUGAUGAACUCUUUCUAGAGAAGUAAGGUACCCAAAUUUCUUGACACAAUUUUUUUUUUUUUUUUUUUUUUGAGUUUCACCCUUGUCACCCAGGCUGGAGUGUAGUGGCUCGAUCUCAACUCACUGCAACCUCUGCCUCCCUGGUUCAAACGAUUGUUCUGCCUCAGCCUCCCAAGUAGCUGGGAUUACAGAUGCGCGCCACGACGCCCGGCUAAUUUUUUCGUAUUUUUAGUAGAGAUGGGGUGUCACCAUGUUGGUCAGGCUGGUCUUGAACUCCUGACCUCAGGUGAUCCGCCUGCCUCGGCCUCCCAAAGUGCUAGGAUUACAGGCGUGAGCCACUGCACCUGGCCUGAAAACAAUUUUUUAUUAACGUGAAACUCACUAGAAAACUCUCAAGAAUUGUGUUGAAGAUCAUUUGAAAAUAUAUCUGCCAACUUCCUUCCUGAAGUGUGUUUACAGACAGAGCAAGUUACAACAGUCUUACUAUUCUUUGAGGAUAGAGCAGCUUCCUGGGGAUUCUGGAGGCUCAGCUCUCUGGUCCGUGAUCAGGACACAAUACUUACUGAUGCUGAGGAAAGUAAGGCCUUGCUGACAAUGGGAAUUAUUCUUAAAGUUAUUUUUCUAUCUAUUUUAGCUAGAUUAGUAACAUGUACUUUCAUUUUGUUGGUAGAAAUAUUUAAAACAAUUAUUUUUCUGGUGAUCACUGUUUUAGCUGUAUUACAAAGCUUCUAAUAUGUAGUAUUUUCUAGAAACUCCACAAAUUUCAUUUGUAUUUCCUCUGUGCUUGAAAUAUUGUUUGAGAGACUUUUCAAAUUUUCAGAUUGAAGAUCUUUUUGUUUUCUGGAUUUGUUAUGAAUUUCUAGUUUCAUUGUGUUAAAAAAUGUCAUUUGUGGCCAGGCGCAGUGGCUCACGCCUGUAAUCCCAGCACUUUGGGAGGCCGAGGCAGGCAGAUCACGAGGUCAGGAGAUUGAGACCAUCCUGGCUAACACAGUGAAACCCCAUCUCUACUAAAAAUACAAAAAAUUAGCCGGGCGUGGUGGCAGGUGCCUGUAGUCCCAGCUACUCAGGAGGCUGAGGCAGGAGAAUGGCGUGAACCCGGGAGGCGGAGCUUGCAGUGAGCCGAGAUCACGCCGCUGCACUCCAGCCUUGGGACAGAGUGAGACUCCGUCUCAAAAAAAAAAAAAAAUGUGGUUUGUAUUUUUCCUUUUAGAGUUUGCAGAGGUAUUUUUUGUAGCCCAAUAUAUGGUCAAUUUUUGUGAUAGUUCUAUGGCUAUGUGAAAAUAAGGUAUAUUCAUAUAUUAGGUUAGAGUGAAAUAUCCAUCAGAGCUACCAGUUUGAUUAUGUUGUUUAUGUCAUUUAUUUCCUUAGUUUUGUUUUUUGUUCUCUCAGACUAGGAUAAAUAAAUUUCCUAUUAUUAAUAUCUUUCUGUUUCUUCUUUUAUCUCCUAUAAUUUCCAUUUUCUGAAUGUUGCUACUGUAUUAUUAGAAGCAUAUAUAUUCAUAUCUGUUUUCCUUAUGAAUUAUAACCUUUAUAUGAUGAGUGACUUUCUUUUUGUACUUUUUGACCAAAAUUCUACAUUAUCUAAUAAAAGGAUUGCACUUCAUGCUUUUGUGAACUUUAUCCUAUCCUUUAACUUUUUUUUUCAGGUAUAUCUUGAUGACAGCAUAGAAUGGUUUGCUUUGUGGGUCAAUUUAAAGCUUUUUUUCUGUUUAGUGGUUGAAUUAAGCCAGAUAUAGAUAGGAAGGACGUAUCUUCCUAUCAAGACACAACCAUUGGUCAUGGUUUUGUAAAAUUAUUUUAUGCCAUUUUUUACGUUUGUAUAUAUUUUGAAACUUUGAGUGUUGUGUUUUCUGUGCUUUUUAAAUGGUAGUCCUCAUAUUAGGAAGAUUUUCCCCCCAGUGAUUAUCUUUAUACUUAUACCUUCAUAUGAUACCUAUCUUCCUCUGUUUUAAAGCAGUCUUUUGUUUCCCUUAAUUGAGUAACAAUUACAUUAGCUUUAUUUUCUUCCUUUCUUUCUACUAGUUUUAGCCAAUAUAGUAUUAUUUUAUUGCCCUUUAUAAUUUUAUUCUUUCAUGUUGCUUAAGUUUUUACUGAUUGACUUUCAACUUUGACUCCUACCUGUUGCACAUGAGGUGCAGUCAUUGAGCUUAUUCUACUUUUUAUAUAUUCUACUCUUAACAUUGAUUUGUAUAUAUUCAUUUAUUUGAAUUCCUACAUUCUUAGACCACGUAACAGUUUCAUUCCAUUUGUUUUCAAUCUUAAAUCUGCAAUUAAAUAUAUUGUUGCUCACUGCCAGUCCUUUUGCUAAAAUUUUUCUGGUCAUUUGUUGGUUUCAGUUUGUCCUCAAGUUGUUUCUUCAAGAAAUGCUCAUAUGAAUAAGGCCUGAGUUAUCUGUAGCCUUAUUCCCGAAGGUCUGUUUGGGUAGAUGUGGAAUUGUUGGCUCACACUUUUUCCUUGAGUACCUUGUAGGUAUUUUUCCACUGUCUUCUGGCAUUGACUGUUCAAUAGAGAAGUAUGAUGCCUGCUUGAUUUUAUUUUUCUUAGAAGAGGUGUGCUUUUUGUGUGUGAUUGCUGAAAGUAUUUCUUCCAAAUACCAAAUAAUUUAGAAAUUAUUUUAUUAAGUGACAUCAGUAAAAUUACUAGAUGUUUUCUUAGUUGACCAUUUUGGGUCAGUUUUAUAUCCAUCAUUUUAUUUACUUUUAAAAAAUUUCUAUCCUACCUGCUUCUUACUGUGCCUUUGGUGUUGUAUAUUUUUACCAUGUGCUCAUUGCAUUUUAGUCUUCAUCUUUUUAAUUCUUAAAAUUCUUUUUCUUCCAUUUCUUUUCUGAGUUCUGCCAUGCUUGUUUCACUACAACUCCUGUUCACUGUUUCAUUCCUCCUUGAGUUUCUCAAUUUCUGCUCUGAACUUUUUCUUCGUAACUGCAUUAGGAAUUUUUCAAUGUGAGUAAAAAGUAGGGUUUUAAUUUUCCUCUGCUUUGUGAUGAUAUUGUCUGUUGAGUUUUCUUUGUCAGGGAUGUCGCAUUGCCUUUUUACAUUUUUUUCUAUGGUAUUAUUUUAUGGAUACUUACCACUUUUUUGUUGCUUAUAUUGGCAUGAGAUGAGUUUCCCAGACCAUCUGUUAGAAGGGACUUAAGGGUCUUAGAAACAUUAGGAACACCUUCGGAGCAAGAUAGUUUUCCAGGUUUCUGUGCUCAAGGCCUCUCUCCUCCGUUGUUCUGGUGGACUCUUUCUUCAAAAUGCAGCCACAUCGCCUAUGCCUCCCAGUAACUUAAGGGGUUUAAGUAAUGUGAACUACCAGCCAUGAGUUCCCCAGGUCCUGACUAGUUCUGCUACCAAGGGAUGCACCUCCCACCCUUCAAAUUGCCUGCCUCAAAUGUUAACAAUUAAAGAAUUUGUGACAGAUAUACAGGAGUUCUUUGUACUAUUCUUAUAACUUUUCUGUAAGUUUGAAACUAUUACAAAAGAGCAUGCCUCACUUGUAAAAGGGUGGUCCUUUCUGAGAUCUGUCACUUCCAAACCACCCUCCACUUAUUGUUCUGCCACUUUCUACACCUCCUUUCCUUACCUCCUUCUGCGAAUCCCCCAUUUAAUCUCAGUUCUAAACAUUGUAGUUCCCACUUGGGAUAGGUUCUUUUCUUUCUAGGAGUAAAGAUGUGCUAUUCCCCCACCAGAUUCCCCUAUACUUCUUGUCAUUCUCUCAUGCUCAGAUGUGGCUUCUUUUAGUCUCAAGUACUUUGGGUCGUAUUUACUUAUAAGUUGGCAUUUUUAGGUUUUUAUUAUCCCCUAGUUUCACUAAAGAUAUAUGGUAUUUUUUGUUUUUAACAUUGUCUUUGUUGCUCUGUACAGGUUCUAGGAGAAAGAUGGGAAAAUUUGUAACUAAAUUGCUGUUAUGUUCCUACUAGAACUUGAAGUCCAGCUUUGAAAAUUAUUAAGAAAUAAUUUCUAGGCCGGGUGUGGUAGCUCACGCCUGUAAUCCUAGCACUUUGGGAGGCCAAGGUGGGAGGAUCACUUGAGCCUAGGAGUUUGAGACCAGCCUGGGCAACAUAGUGAGACCCCAUCUCUAUUAAAAAAUAAAGAAAUGAUUUCUAAAUAACUCCUUGUUUAAAGAAAUCACAAAGAAAAUUUUGAACCAAAGGACAAUGAAUACAAUACAUAUCAGAACUGGUAUGAUCAGCUAAAGCAAUGCUUAGAGAGAAUUUAAAACUUUAAAUGCCUAUUAUAAAAGAAAAAAAGCGUCAGUGACAUGAGCAUUCAUUCUCAACAAGUUAGAAGAAUCACAGAAAAUUAAAUGCAAAGAGAAUAGAAAGAAAUAAAAGAUAAAAACAAAUCAAUGAAAUAGAAGAAACUUCUCUCCUUUAGAUAGGGAUACUUCAAAGGUUUUUAAGAAGGAUAGUGACAUGAUCAUAUUUGUUUUCCAGAAAGAGACCUCUGGCAGCAGUGUGGAGAAUAGAUAGAGGAGAAAAAACUAAUCUGAGAAGCCAGUUAGGAGGCUUUUCAAUCACUAGUUCAGGUAAGAGAUGGUGAUGGUCUAAUGUGGGAUGGAGAGGAAGGAUUAAGCUGAAAAAAUAGGUUUAAGAACCAUGUCCAGAAAAAAAAAAAAAAACUUUGGGGAUAGUAGGUAUAGUACUGGUACAUGGAACUGAUGGAAAAAAAUAGAGCAGAGCUUUACUAGGUUUUUGAAGGAAUUGUUUUUGCAAAUAAACUACAAGCCUGGCCUAUCAGUCAGGGCCCAACUAGAGAAGCAGAACCAGUAGGAAGUAUAGAGAGAGGGUUUAUGCAAUUGUAGGGGCUAGCUAGGCAAGUCUGAAAUUUUUGGGGCAGGCUGUCAGGAAGGGCAGGGAAAUUCAGGCAUGGGCUGAAGCAGUUAUCUAUAGGUGGAAUUUCUUGCUCUCAGGGAAGCUUCAGCCCCACUUUUAAGACCUUUCACCUGAUUGAAUCAGGCCCAUCCACAUUAUUCAGGAUAAUCUCCAUUACUUAAAGUCAAUGGAUUAUGGAUUUUAAUUACAUCUACAAAAUACCUUCAUAGCAACACCUAGAUUAGUGUUUGAUUAAACAAAUGGCAGCUGGUAGCCUAGCAAGUUGACACAUUAAAAACAACACCUGCCAUGGUGGCUUACACUUGUAAUCCCAGCACUUUGGGAGGCCAAAGUGGGAGGAUCACUUGAGAUCAGGAGUUUGAGAUCAGGCUGAACAACAUAGUGAGACCUGAUCUCUACCAAAAAAAAAAAAAAAAAAAAAAAAGAAAAAAAUUAGCCAGGUGUGGUGCGUGCUUGUAGUCCCAGCUGCUAGGGAGGCUGAGAUGGGAGGGUGGCUUGAGCCCGGGAUAUCAAGGCUGUGGUGAGCCAUGAUUGUACCACUGCAUUCCAGCAGUGACAAAGCAAGGCCCCAUCUCAAAAAUAAAUACAUAAAUAAAAAGAAAAACAACCCUCCACACCUGGUCUGAAAUUUUCUGUGAUUAUUCAGCCCUUGAAACAACUUUCAGGUACAGUGACUGCCAUAUUAUAAACUGGCUCCCAAGAAGGGCAUACUCUCCAAUGUACAUUCAGAGCACUGACUCUGAGUUUUCUACCAGGUAUGAAUGGUGGUACUGUCAACUGAAUAUGGAGGUAGAUCUGCUAUUGCUGGUUAGCAGUAUACAGCAUGUAUCAAUGUUAACAUGUCCAAAGCUUGAGGAUUCUAUGGAACAUAUAGAUAGACAUAUCUAGUGUAUAUUUAGAAAUUUAGGUAUGAAAAUGUAUAAUGGUGGGAGCCGAAAGUAAGAGUGUUGGGACUCUUCAGUACAUAAAUCCAUAUUUGAAACUAUAGAAGUGGAAAAACUCUUUAGGAAUAGUAUUUAAAUCGAAACAAGAAAGAGGAUAAAGCCGUCGAGGAAUACUAGCAUUUAAGAAAGAACGAACUAGUGAGCAAGUAGUGAUUAUUACAAGGCAAUGUGAGACACCAAACAUGAUGUCAAAAAAGCCAAGAGGGGAAACAUAUCCAAAAAAUAAAUGAGCUUGGCACAGGGGCUCACGCCUGUAGUCCCAACUACUUGGGAGGCUAAGGCAGGAAGAUAGCCUAAGCCCCAGGAGUUGCAGGCUGCAGUGAGCUGUAAUUGAGUCACUGUACUCCAGCCUGGGCAACAGAGUGAGACCCCUGUCUCUAAAGAAAGAAACAAAAAGUAGAUGAUUUCACAGUUAAACAAUGAGAGCUUUUUCAAUAAAAUCAAGAGACAAGGAUAUCAGUACUAUGAUUUUUAGUCACUAUUGUGUUUGCUAACUUCUGUUCUUCUUACAGGUUUCAGUCUACAUGUUACUUCCUUGAGAAGCAGUGUUUGACACCCUUCUCCCCCCAUCCAGCCAUCCCCCAAGUCUGAUUUCUGCCACUGCCUUCUACAAAGCACAACCUGUAAUUCAGUUCAUGUGUGAAGUUCUUGAUAUUCAUAAUAUUGAUGAACAACCAAGACCUCUGACUGAUUCUCAUCGGGUAAAAUUCACCAAAGAGAUAAAAGGUUUGAAGGUUGAAGUGACUCAUUGUGGAACAAUGAGACGGAAAUACCGUGUUUGUAAUGUAACAAGGAGGCCUGCCAGUCAUCAAACCUUUCCUUUACAGUUAGAAAAUGGCCAAACUGUGGAGAGAACGGUAGCGCAGUAUUUCAGAGAAAAGUAUACUCUUCAGCUGAAGUACCCGCACCUUCCCUGUCUGCAAGUCGGGCAGGAGCAGAAACACACCUACCUGCCGCUAGAAGUCUGUAAUAUUGUGGCAGGACAACGAUGUAUCAAGAAGCUAACAGACAAUCAGACUUCCACUAUGAUCAAGGCAACAGCAAGAUCUGCACCAGAUAGACAAGAGGAAAUUAGCAGAUUGGUAAGAAGUGCAAAUUAUGAAACAGAUCCAUUUGUUCAGGAGUUUCAAUUUAAAGUUCGGGAUGAAAUGGCUCAUGUAACUGGACGUGUACUUCCAGCACCUAUGCUCCAGUAUGGAGGACGGAAUCGGACAGUAGCAACACCGAGCCACGGAGUAUGGGACAUGCGAGGGAAACAAUUCCACACAGGAGUUGAAAUCAAAAUGUGGGCUAUCGCUUGUUUUGCCACCCAGAGGCAGUGCAGAGAAGAAAUACUGAAGGGUUUCACAGACCAGCUGCGUAAGAUUUCUAAGGAUGCAGGGAUGCCCAUCCAGGGCCAGCCAUGCUUCUGCAAAUAUGCACAGGGGGCAGACAGCGUAGAGCCCAUGUUCCGGCAUCUCAAGAACACAUAUUCUGGCCUACAGCUUAUUAUCGUCAUCCUGCCAGGGAAGACACCAGUGUAUGCGGAAGUGAAACGUGUAGGAGACACACUUUUGGGUAUGGCUACACAAUGUGUUCAAGUCAAGAAUGUAAUAAAAACAUCUCCUCAAACUCUCUCAAACUUGUGCCUAAAGAUAAAUGUUAAACUCGGAGGGAUCAAUAAUAUUCUUGUACCUCAUCAAAGACCUUCUGUGUUCCAGCAACCAGUGAUCUUUUUGGGAGCCGAUGUCACUCAUCCACCUGCUGGUGAUGGAAAGAAGCCUUCUAUUGCUGCUGUUGUAGGUAGUAUGGAUGCCCACCCAAGCAGAUACUGUGCCACAGUAAGAGUUCAGAGACCCCGGCAGGAGAUCAUCCAGGACUUGGCCUCCAUGGUCCGGGAACUUCUUAUUCAAUUUUAUAAGUCAACUCGGUUCAAGCCUACUCGUAUCAUCUUUUAUCGGGAUGGUGUUUCAGAGGGGCAGUUUAGGCAGGUAUUAUAUUAUGAACUACUAGCAAUUCGAGAAGCCUGCAUCAGUUUGGAGAAAGACUAUCAACCUGGAAUAACCUACAUUGUAGUUCAGAAGAGACAUCACACUCGAUUAUUUUGUGCUGAUAGGACAGAAAGGGUUGGAAGAAGUGGCAAUAUCCCAGCUGGAACAACAGUUGAUACAGACAUUACACACCCAUAUGAGUUUGAUUUUUACCUCUGUAGCCAUGCUGGAAUACAGGGUACCAGUCGUCCUUCACACUAUCAUGUUUUGUGGGAUGAUAACUGCUUUACUGCAGAUGAACUUCAGCUGCUAACUUACCAGCUCUGCCACACUUACGUACGCUGUACACGAUCUGUUUCUAUACCUGCACCAGCGUAUUAUGCUCACCUGGUAGCAUUUAGAGCCAGAUAUCAUCUCGUGGACAAAGAACAUGACAGUGCUGAAGGAAGUCACGUUUCAGGACAAAGCAAUGGGCGAGAUCCACAAGCUCUUGCCAAGGCUGUACAGAUUCACCAAGAUACCUUACGCACAAUGUACUUCGCUUAAAUAGUCCAAGUAUAUUCUCUGAGAGGAAGUACUGAAAGAUGAAUUGACAUACAACGUAUGUUUCCAGUGGAGUCAAUUGAGUAAGGACACCUCCAGCCAUACAGAAACCAACACUGUGUGGGGGCCAAGGUCUGAUCCUUAUGUUAAUACAAGGAAGAUUGUUUACUUCAUCAAGGAACACAGCAUCAUUAUGCAAUAUGAAACCAGCCAACUGCUUUUUGUGCGGUCUCCUAUAGGAAGUAUCGCAAUUGUUUUGUUUUCAUUUCUUGUAGUCUAACCCUUUUAAUGCCUUUACCUCAAGUUGCUUGGCAGCACAACUAUCUUUGCAAAAAAAAAGUAAAGAAAAAGUAAAUGAUGGUUUAAAAAAUACACACCUUCAUGAAUAAUCAAAGUGAUUUUUCAAAAUUAUAUGUGCAAAAAAUGUGCAUUCAUCUAUUCUUGUAAAAGGUGUCUGUGUAUUUUUAAAAUAUAUACAUCCAUACUUCAUAUGCAUAUAUAUCUAGAUCUGGAUUGAUAAUAGAUAUAUAUGUGUCUGUUAUAUAUUUUAGAGUUCAUUCCACUGGGGAACUUUCUUUCCCUUUUAUUCUACCCCCACUACCGCCUUUAUUUCUCUAUUUCCCUUGCCUUCAUCACCUACAUUUUUUUCCUAAUCCUACCAGUGACAUUCAAAUGUUGACGUAUCUGGUUCGUUUGAAUAUAAAAUAUGGCAAACUAGAUUUCUACUUUUAUUUUGCAUACCCUACUCCUGACUCCUAUCUCAUACACAAUUCUGAGUUCUCAACUCUUGAUAUUACUGUCUUAAGAAACAAAAUUUUAUAUAUAUAUAUAUGUAUGCAUACAUACACAGACACAUACACACACAUAUAUAUACAUAAAAUAACUUUCUGUGAGAGUGUGUCUCUCCCCUCCCGCUCAGAACAUACAUUUACCAUUUGGGCAAUUUGUAUAUAAGCAGUAGCAACCUGCACUAUUCCUUCUCUUUUUUCUUUUUCUUUUUUUUUUGUUUUUUAUUUUUUUAUGAGACAGAGUCUCGCUCUGUCACUAGGCUGGAGUGCAGUGGCGAGAUCUCGGCUCACUGCAACUUCCGCCUCUCGGGUUCAAGCAAUUCUCCUGCCUCAGCCUCCCGAGUAGCUGGUACUACAGGCAUGUGCCACCACACCCAACUAAUUUUUGUAUUUUUAGUAGAGACGGGGUUUCACCGUGUUGGCCAGGAUGGUCUCGAUCUCUUGACCUUGUGAUCCACCCGCCUCGACCUCCCAAAGUGCUGGGAUUACAGGCGUGAGCCACCACACCCGGCCUACUAUUCUUUUUCUUUAGUGAGUUUGUUAAAGCUGCUAUAAAUAUAAAACCUGUCAGAAGUUGUAACUCUUUCUCUCUGAUAAGUGAUGUGUUUUCUGAAGCCUUCUGUUUCUAUGGGUUAUACAUGGAAAUUCUUUAAAGAUUUUAUAAAGGGUAAAUAUUUUAAAAGAUUAGAACUCUGUAGGGUUGAGACCUCUGAAAUUGAGUAGAGAGAGAGAAGGGUUUGUUGAGGGAUUUUUUUGUUUUGUUUUUUGAUAGUUUACUUGCUGCCUCUCAUACCUUAAUGUGAUUUUCAUAUAUUUUUUAUAUAUACAUGUAUGUGUGUGUAUAUAAACACAUAUGUAUGUGUUUGGAAGUGUAGCUUCCUUUUCUUUUAUAUUUAUUAGAAUAGUGCUUUAAUAAUUAUAGAAUUGUAUUGGCAGCAUCUUUUAUAGACAUAUAAUCAUGUUUAUUUUAAGAACUGACAACUUGUUUUUGCUAUCCUUUAGUGCAAUAAGCAGUUUUAAAGGAAAGUUGUGUCUGUUUGCAUCUUUACCAUGGAUAGUAGGAGGAACAGGCACCUCCAUAAUUUAAAAGGGCAAAUAAUACAGCCUUAAUUUCAGAAGGAAAGUUUUGUAAUUUUCGGUUUUAAAGCAUAUCUUUUAAAAUUCAUCAUGAUAAAAGGCUGGAUGCGGUGGCUCAUGCCUAUAAUCCUAGCGCUUUGGGAGGCCGAGACAGGUGUAUUACCUGAGCUCAGGAGUUUGAGACCAGCCUGGCCAACGUGGUGAAACCCCAUCUCUACUAAAAAUACAAAAAUUAGCUGGGCGUGGUAGCAGGCACCUCUAAUCCCAGCUACUCGGGAGGCUGAGGCAGGAUUGCUUGAACCCAGGAGGUGGAAGUUGCAGUGAGCCAAGAUUGCACCAUUGCACUCCAGCCUGGGCAACAAAUGCAAAACUCCAUCUCAAAAGAAAAAAAAAUCAUAAUGAAAAUGAAGUGAAAUUGCCUAAAUGAGUCCAACUUGAAUAUUAGAAAUAAAGUUGAACUUUUAUAUAAGAAAUAAUCGUGAAUAGCUUAACAUAUUUAAAUUAUUUGCAAAUAGAUGUGUUUAUUGAAGAAUCAUAUUGGCUAGAUGCUCAUUUUCAUUUACUAAAAUGAAUCAGGAAAAUGCAAGAUAAUAUUUUAAAACUUGUGCUAAUGUAUCACCAGUGGAACUUUCCUUUUAAAAUUAAGGUGAUAGUAACAAAGGAAGUUAGGACUUUGAUCAUUUUAAAUCAGUUAAAUCACUGAAAUGUGGGAAAUUGUUUUACAAAACUUUUAUUGAUUACACUUUAAGGUGUUAAAAAGUACUAUAAAGCUAUCAAAACCGAGUUUAUCAGUAACAUUGGAUUCAGGGGAGCUUUGCACUUUGUAACUCAUGAAAAUUGCAUUUUGAUUUUUUUUUUUUGCACUGGUUCAGAGUAUAGAUACUACAGAUUGUUUCCAGUGGGCAUUGUUGUUAGCCUUUCAGAAUUCCAUCUGCACAUGAAACCUAAUGGAUUUAAGAUCUUUAGUUUCUCUCUUACCUGUAAUCCACUAUUAUUGCCAAUUCACUGUAUUUUGAGCCUAAAAUCUGAGCCCAUGUCCUCCGACAGGCAUGAAAUCUUUUGUCCCUCUGCCAGAAAACUACGAAAGUACUGUAUUUUGUGUGUUUAUUAUUUUGAAGUGUCUGAAAUGCAAUUUACAACACUGUUGCAAAGAACUUUACAAAAGGUAAUAUUUGUAUCGUAUAUACAUUUUUUCUCCCAGCCUUCUCCCAUCUCCUCCAGAAAAAUUUCCUAUAAAGAUGGAUUUUUUUACACUGAAAUUUUACUGAAUAUAGUCAGGAUCAUGGGCAAGAGAAGAAAAUAGUAUACCCAAGAUGAUAAAAAGUUAAUUCAUCUAUGCUUGGUCAAUGUGAGUAAAACAUCUUCCUUUAUCAUGGGAGCUGCACAGAUUCAUGUGGGAAACUUUAGGGAGUGACUAUAGAUACCCUUUCUCUAUGGACUCUGUCACCUAAUUUUCAGUCACUCAUAUAUGCUAGAGUGGAGCCCUUAAUUUAAAUCUAUUUGGAAGAACUUUUUUAAGAUGAAAAAUAUUUUUUCUAAAUUAUAAAGCUUUACCUUUUGAGUGAUUUCUUUUUAAGAGUGCUCUUACACUAGUCAGCUAGUGUAAGAGCUAGUUUAAAGUUGAUUAACUUGAAAGAAUAUGUAUACUAUAUUUCUAUUUUGCUAACAAAUGGUAUAUUAAUUACCACUGGUUCUUAAUUACAAGAAAACUUGUGCUUAGAAUUUUAAGAUAAAAGGCUAAGUGACCAAUGCUUCUUGAAAUUUGUCCUAUUUAUUGUUGCACUUCUGGUGUAGAAUUUCUAAUCUUUUUUAUUUUAAAAAAGUUUUGCUUUUUUUUAAGUUAAACAUGAAAUUCACAGUGGCCCUUCUGCUCCUGCCCUUGCUCACUAACUAUAUCAUGAAUGCUAAAUUUUGGUCUUCUUUUUUCUAUGAUGUGUCUUACAAGACUGACUGUAAAAUAUCAGUCUGGCAACUAGAUAAUUGAUUUUCAUAUGAAGAAGAGUUGGGAGUUUAAUGUAUAUUCUUGAUGGUUAAUCUGUCUACAUAAAGUGCUGAUACAUGUAUUAUAUUACAGUAUCACGUUACUGGCAUGGAGGACCAUACACUUCCAAUACUGUAGCUGCUAUAUUUAUUUAAGUAGAGUCUGACAGUUACUGCACUAAACAAUAAGGAGAUAAGCAGGAUUCAAGGCUAGUGUUAGACCCUUUUUUUUCCUAAGAGUAAGGACACGGAAUAUCAAAGUAACAAAGGGUGCUGCCAUUUUAGUUUCAAUUUAAUAUCAGGAUAUUCUUUGUUUUAGAAAUGUAGAUUUUGACUUUUACAGUUUGAAAAAGGGUACCUCAGCCUCCUCAGUACUGGUUUUUUGGCACAUUUCAACAGAAAUAUUAGAUUCCCUUUCUUUUUCUUAAUAGUGAUCUUCUAACAAGUUUCUUGGAGAAACUAUUGUUCUAAGGGAAAUCCCUGUUUAUAACCUAUUAAUAUAUUUCUAUUCCUAGAAGAGAGUCUGGCAGGGGUUCUAGUAGGAAUUACUGAGUGUUUCAGAAGGCACUUGAUAGCGGCAUCUCUGCUUUCCAGCACAGGGAUUCUCAGCCUUCUAAAGAUCUAGACCAGUUUCCAAGCUAGCUUCUCCACAGCCCACCACUGCCUAGUGUUUACUUGUGUAUUCUCUAAUGGAUUUUAGGAGGAUAGGCCUUCUGACAGACAGAAUCACGAAAGACUUAAGGCAUGUCUAGGGAAAUAAAAGCUGACUUGCCCUUCAGCAGGAAUGACUGGCAGCGGAUCUCUGUGUUCAAGGAAAGGGUGAGCGCUAAGCAUGCCAGUGAUGGAUCCAAAGUAUUUAGAUGGAUUGCACACCAGGAAUUAGAGACCAUUUGUGACUCAAGGAACUUGAUGGAUCUGUUUAGAGACCUACAUGAAUUUGCCAAGGGCAGUGAUUUUUAUGAAAUUCAAGAAGCAAACGACUUGGAUACAGCUAGAAUAUGUUGCAGUCUUCCUAUUUCAAACUUGAUUUUAAUAUUUUUACCAAGAAGUUUAACUGACAACUCUGCAAAAUUUUCAUUCAGUAUCAUUAAACCUGAGUUAAAUGUUUGCUUAGCUUAUCCUCUUAGAUGUUCUUCUGUUGAACAGGCAGGUUGCCCUUAACAGUAACUUGCUACUUAAAUUACCUUUUAUUAGUUAGUCAAGCUGCAAAAAUAUCAUUAGUCUGGCAUCUUUAUUUUGGCUUUAUCCAUAUGAAGUAUUCAUUAUUUUCAUUCUUUCUGAGAAUUCAUAAAUGUCUUAAAGCUUCAGUAAGAAUUGUUGGGAGGUUUGACAUCAAGUAACGCCUUCCUGUGUAGCAGUAUAACCCUAAUUUAGAACCCUUGUUUUCCUAUUUCAGUCCUCAUAUUUGAUCAUAGAAAAGCACUUUUGUGAUUCUAUAGGGGUCAAAAAAUAAGCCAAGAAUAGGUAAGUCAGUACAGAAAUCAGAAAGUGAGAAUUUUCUCCAAAAAAGCUUUUAAAAAAGUCCUGUUUAUACUAAGAACAUUCUCGAUCAGUUGCAAUGUUAGAAAUGAUACUGUGAUUAGUGAAUGCCAAGCUGAGUCCCAGGAAGCAGGGAGGGGGAGUGUGUGUGUGUGUGUGUGUGUGUAUGAGUGUGUAUAUAUAUAAUCUCACACACACACACACACACAAAGGGAAAAAUUAUUUUGACUUUUUUCCUACUUUUAAAAUGGCACAUUUAAGUUUGUAAUUUUCCAUGUCAGUCAACAUAAUUUUUCAAACUAAGAUAUAAUGGUCAAGGCUUGUGCUAAUAUUACCUACUACUCAUUGACAUUUAUAUUACUUUACCCAUCAAAACUAGUACUCCAGAUGUUUACAUCAUUGAUUAAAUCUCAAGAAUCUUUUGUUCUUAAAAUAUGGAAGUUAAAGAUUUUAAUUUGAAUUAAAGACAGAAGGAUGAUAAAUUCAAUAUAGAGGGUUGAGAUUUACCAGUGAGAAACCCUGUUGAAGUAUCAGGUAAAUGGUGUGAUAAAAUUAGAAUCCUAUCAAAUCACCUAUCCAGCCAUUGGGGUCCCUUCCUUUUUUAGACUAAUUUCUAAGGUAACCAAAAUCUGAUGUAUCUAUGUUAGGGUCUCAGUAAAGCAAAGAUGUUUGUCAGGGCAUAGACUCUUGAGUUAAAUUUUUUAAUCAUUUUUUAAAGCAAGGCGGUUCUUAGAAAGUGCCUUUUCAGAAGAUGGUGCUGUAGAUUUUUAUUUUUCAAAUAGCACGAAGCUAAGAAUUUUAAAGAUAAAUUAUUUUAGAACUCCAAGAGUGUGACAGUUUCAUAAAAAUAAUGUUAGUUGUUGUCCUGAAUCUCGUCCAAGGGAACCAAGAAAAGCUUUUAUGCAGUAAAGUAUCUAGGUAAAUGCUCACCAAAUUUAUUUUGUAAAUUUGAAAACAAAAUAUUUAGUAGAAUUACCUCUUUUAAUUCCCAACUGUGUUGGAGGAAAUCCAUAAUGCACAUAAAACAGCAAACCUACUUAACUUUUUAACAAGAUUAUGGGUAUAGUACCAGUGUCCAAAGGGAAAUGUAACUUGCCUGGAAUCAUAGGCAACAUUUUCUAAUUAAUCUUUUUUUUUUUUUUUUUUUUGAGACAAAGUCUCACUCUGUCACCUAGGCUGGAGUGCAGUGGUGCGAUCUCAGCUUACUGCAAACUCCGCCUCCCGGGUUCAAGUGAUUCUCGUGCCUCAGCCUCCCAAGUAGCUGGGAUUACAGGCAUGCACCACCACACCCGGCCUAAUUAGUCAUUAUUAAGAAGGACUGCUCAUAAAGGCAGUACCAAAUCAUCAUUCAGAUCAGCUUAAGUGAGAAAGCAAAAUGAUGAUCUCUAUUGUUAGAGAAAUUUUCUUUUCUAGACACCAAGGAAUAUUUUAAAUGAUUUUUUGUUUUUUCUAGGAUGCAGGAACUAUGAAAAAUGAUGACAAGGCAUUUAAAAGGGUAUGAUCAGUUAAAUAGAAGUAGGAUGUACAAAAUUGUGCUUAAGGGGAAAUAAGCAAAAGAAAGGAAAAUAGCAGGACCUUUCAUACUAAUUAGAAAUGUAGUUACCUACCAGAGGGCAACUUUGCUCCAUACCAGGAAGCAGUAAAUAGCAGUAAAUGAUCAUCUAGGCACUUGUUUCCUGUGAAUUUGGUGAGCAUUCUUCCAGAAAAUAAGACUAAAAGCAAACAACAACAAAAAAAAUACCACACCUCAGUAACCUUGUAUGCUGCAUUAUAUAAUAAUGAUAGUAAAAUUAUAUUGUUUGGAGUGUACUGUGUCUGUUUGCAAAUAUACAUGCACAUUAAACUUUUUUGUUUUUAUAAUGUCUUAAUAGCAAUUAUGAGUUUAUUUUUGUUAAGAUUAAUUUUUCUAUUGUGAUGUUUAUAUUUAUUGGCAAUUUGUGUGCAACUUUUAUAUUUUGCUUGUUGGUUUUAAGGUAUUUUAUUUUUAUAGAUAUUUCUAGCUUUCCUCAUUCUUUGUAAUAGCAGCAAAGAUUAAGAUGGAGUGUUAAUAUACCAACCAAACUACGAAUUCCAUAAACUCUAGAGUUUGGAUUUUUACCAAUAAACCAUUAACACUAUUUUGUAACUUAGAA